AUGUCGCAGACUAAAAUAAAAUUUUAUUUCGAGACCAAACAUCAAGAUAAUAACUAUUCGUUGGACAAUUUAAAAAGUAAACCCAUGGAAGUCUCUAGUCAACCCCCAUUAUCAUUAUCAAAUUUUAGUAAAAUUACAUGUUGCGAAUCAUUUUCUUUACCUUCCAAUAAUUAUGAUAUUGGUUAUUUGGUUUCUAACUAUACUAGUUAUUCAAGUAUUGCAAAAACCUUGAGUAAUUCUGAACUUCAACAUUUAGUUAAAGAUGUUUUUGUACCUUGUAAAACAUUUUCCUUUCCUAAAAAUCUUAAUGGGCGAAGUUUUCAAUUUAUGUGGAUAGAAAAAUUUCCAUGGGUCACAUAUUCGAAAAUAUUCGAUGGAGCCUUUUGUUUGCCAUGUGUACUUUUUGGGUGUAAUUUUCCAUCUGAAUGUAGUUUAGUCGAAAGAUUAUUUUGUAAGCCUUUUGAUCGCUGGAAUGAUGCUUCUCGUUACUUUCAGAAACAUGCAUUUGGCAAAAACAAUAAUAAGUCUGUCUGCAGAAAUAAAGGCUUACAUGUAAAAACUGCUAAAGUUUUAUUUUCAUUGUCGUCGAUUUGGUCUUCUAAAACAGAAUCAAUAGAUAUUACAUCUCAAAAAAUAGUUCAAUCACAGGUUUCUAAAAACCGACAGUUAUUACAACCAAUUAUUGAAACAAUUAUUCUCUGUGGACGUCUUGGUCUUUCUUUACGAGGCCAUAGAGACGAUUCAGAGUUUCAUCCUGAAAAUAGUGAGUCUUUUAAUCAUACUGUUGGAAAUUUUAUUGAAUUAUUGCAUUUUCGUGUUAAAGCUGGUGAUAAAGUUCUUGAAGAUCAUCUUAAAUAUCAUCAACUUCUUACAUAUCUAAGACAUGCUACAUAUCUAAGACAUGCUUCUUACAUAUCUAAGACAUCACAAAAUCAGUUAAUAAGGUGUUGUGGAGAAGUUAUUACUGACACAAUAAUAGGAGAAAUUAAAAAUUCUAAAUAUUUUUCUAUUAUUGCUGAUGAAGCUUCUGACAGUUCAAACAAAGAACAGCUAUCAUUAGUUAUACGGUUUGUUGAUUCAAAGUUUAAUAUAAGAGAAGAAUUUAUCAAAAUCAUGAAUUGCGGAGGACAGUCAUAUGAUGGUGCUGGAGCAAUGGUUGGUCACACCAAAGGAUUGUCCUCUCGUAUUUUAAUUCUAAAUGAAAAAUCUACAUUUGUUCAUUGCUAUAGCCAUAGGCUUAAUUUAUUUAUUUGUGGCUCGUGCAUUGUGCAAUAUGUCAAGAAUCUUCUGGCAUAUGUUAAAGAGGUAUCAUAUUUUUUCAAUCUUUCACCUACCAGACAACAAAAGUUAGAGGAACACAUUGAAUGUACUGUUCCAAUAGCUGUUAAAAAAAAAUUAAAAGAUGUUUGCAGAACACGCUUUAAUGUAGCUGAAGCAAAGCCAAGAACUUCAUUUAUUUCCAAAAACAGAGAUAAUACUCCUUCUGAAUCUAUUUCUGAUUAUUUUAAGUUAGUUAUCACGAUUCCUUUAUUAGACCAUCUAAGUGUUGAACUAGACACAAGGUUUGAUGAUACUACCUUAAAAUGUUAUAAAGCACUUGUGCUAGUUCCUACAAAAAUGAUUUCAGUAGUGCAAUGUUCUCAUGACACCAGUUGGAAAGACUCCAUCAUCUCUUUCAGUGACUUUUACGCAACAGACUUACCGAAUCCACUUGCUUUGUCUGGUGAGCUUGAUUUAUGGGAAGCCUUCUGGUUAAAUUUUGAAGGAGAUGUCCCUUCUAAUAUUUCCGAGACGUUAAAAGCGAUAAAUUUUCCUGGUUUUGAAAACAUAAAAGUUUGUCUUAAGUUACUUGCUACCUUUCCAUUAACUUCAUGUGAGUGUGAGCGGACAUUUUCUUCACUUCGGCGCCUAAAAAAUUAUAUGCGAAGCACCAUGGUUCAGGACCGUCUAAAUGGUUUAGCAUUAAUGAAUAUUCAUUCAGAAAUAGUUAUAGAUAUCAAUAAAGUCAUUGAUAAGUUUGCCACUAAUAAUCGUAGAUUAACUUUCAAAUAA